AUGUCUGAAGAGGCCGUAGACGUAUGUUUAAUUUUUGCAAUAUAUAUGUCAUUCCUCGUACUGAGUCAGUGCAACAAUCUUACGCGUCUUUUGAAUGGACUUAACCGUUCAAGCUCUUCUACAAACUUUGUUACUGAUGAUUCUAUACAGCUUCAACGUGGUAACUUAGAUUCCUCGCUCAUAAACUCUCUUCCUUUGUGUGAGUUUAAGAAAAAUGAGAGGGAACAAAUAGCAAUUAACGCUGAUUGUGCCAUUUGCUUGGGGGAAUUUGAAGAAGGAGAAUUGCUAAAACUUCUUCCUAAUUGCUCCCAUGGCUUCCAUGUUUCCUGCAUUGACACGUGGUUUCAGUCUCAUUCGAAUUGCCCCCUCUGCAGAUCUCGUGUCACUCAUGAUUUUGUUGCUAACCCAGAAUGUUCAGUUUCUUUGUACACGUUGCUACAAGGUUUGAGGAGGGAGGAUUUCUCCACAGAAAGGGCUGCGCAUUUCCAAUCCAUUCCUUCUGAAAGCCUUCAAAAUUUGGAGAUUAGACAUGAGCCUUGCCCAGAUUAA